UGCUACUACAUUAUUACUACAGCUACAAAAUAAAAAUGCUAAUACAAUGCGCAAAUUACGCUACGGCUCUGAAUAACUUUUUCUACGAUUGGCAAACGCUAACUCCAUUUAGUGGUUUUCCUUCCCAAGCUCCCAGUUUAUUCCGCCCACCUGUCAUUUUCUAACUAGCUGAUUGGCCAAUAUUAGUCACUCUGAUCACUGAUUGGCUAGUCUGACCGUGACGUUUCAAGCACUGUUAUUCGUUCUGCUAAGGCUUUAGAAACGACCACCGGCACGGCCUCUAAUAGCAUAACAUUGCUGCCAAUCAUUCUGGUUCGGUCCAACAAUUGGCUGCUGCUUUGAUGUGAACUUGGGAAGGAUGGAUGGGGCGAUACGUUUGACAGAAUUUUCGGACGCUUGGCCUCGUUAAAGAGAAGGAGGAGCUGCUUUGACAGCCCUGGGACCCGAGAUGAGCACACUUGCCCCUCUCCAUCUCUCAGAUAUGGCCAGCCCGACUCUCAGUCCUGAUGACUCUUCACUAUCUGUUGCUGUGAGCAUUUCCCCAUCAGAUUCAGAAAACCUUAGUCCUGAUGAGUUGGAGCUGCUUAACAAACUUGAGGAGCAGAACAGGCUACUAGAAGCAGAUUCCAAGUCGUUGCGCAGUGUCACAAGUUCAUGUAGCCGUAAUUCUAUUACAUCUCCAGGCCCCCCACCUUUAGACCAAGACAGCUGGGAACUUUGGGGACGCAUUGUCACCCAUUGGGAAGAAUGGACUCGGAAGAAGGAGAAACUUUUGAAGGAGCUGAUUCGGAAAGGCAUCCCACAUCAUUUUAGGGCCAUGGUGUGGCAAAUGCUAUGCAGUGCAACAGACAUGCCGGUGAAGAAACAGUAUGCAGAUCUACUAAGAAUGUCUUCUCCUUGUGAGAAGUUAAUACGCAGGGAUAUUGCUCGUACAUACCCAGAGCACGACUUCUUCAAAGGACAAGACAGCAUGGGACAAGAGGGACUGUUUAAUGUUAUGAAGGCAUACUCUCUGGUUGAUAGGGAGGUGGGAUACUGCCAAGGAAGUGCCUUCAUUGUAGGACUUCUUCUAAUGCAGAUGCCAGAGGAAGAUGCAUUUUGUGUGUUUGUUCGAUUAAUGCAAGAGUACAGACUGCGUGAACUCUUCAAACCCAGCAUGGCAGAACUAGGCCUUUGUAUUUAUCAGCUGGAGUAUAUGUUACAGGACCAACUCCCGGAGCUAAACCUUCAUUUCCGCUCCCACUGCUUCCAUACUUCUAUGUACGCAUCCUCCUGGUUUUUAACUUUGUUCCUCACAACGUUUCCACUUCCUAUAGCUACCCGUGUUUUUGAUAUCUUCAUAUAUGAGGGUCUAGAAGUUAUAUUCCGUGUUGGAAUGGCUCUGCUUACUGUUAACCAGACUGAAUUGAUGCAGUUGGAUAUGGAAGGAAUGUCUCAGUAUUUCCAGAAGGUGAUCCCUCACCAAUUUGACAACUGCCCAGAUAAACUGAUUCUUAAGGCAUACCAGGUCAAGUACAAUCCAAAAAGAAUGAAACGGCUGGAAAAAGAAUAUGCUGCAAUUAAGAGCAAAGAGAUGGAGGAACAAAUUGAAAUUAAGCGUCUACGCACAGAAAAUCGUCUGUUAAAACAACGGAUAGAGACUCUAGAAAAGGAAAGCGCCGCCUUAGCAGACAGGCUGAUCCAGGGCCAGGUGACGCGGGCACAGGAAGCAGAAGAGAAUUAUGCCAUUAAACGGGAAUUGGCCGUUGUAAAACAGCAAUAUUACACUGCUACUGAAAGUCUAAAGAGUGCCCAAAGUCUCAUUCGCCAGUUGCAGGAGAAGCAGAACGACCCACAUGUCAAAAACGAAUUGGUGACACACUUGGAGUCUGAACUGGAAAAGUCAAGGAUGCGUGAAACAGAAACCCUUGGAGCCCUGAAAGAGAUGCAGGAGAAAGUGGUUGAGUUAGAAAAGAGGAACAGCUCACUUCCAGAUGAAAAUAACAUUAUUAUGCUACAAGAAGAGUUACAAGCUCUGCGAAUGAGAGAAUCCCAUGCUUUACAGGCAAUGCGAGAGGGACAACAACAGGUGUCAGAACUGAGUGACAAGUGGCAGUCUUUUUCAUCCCGAGGAGGUAUCUGGAAGGAUUCUCCUCGUAAGAACACUGGAGAUUUGCAAAACGAGGUGAUGUCUUCUCGUCUGCGAGAAGUGCAGGCUCAAAAUGAGACACGGGAACUACGUCAAAAAGUGCUUGUCCUGGAAAGUCAGAAUACAAAAACCAAACCAAAGACGCAGGCAGAGAAGAUUGUGACUUACUGGUGGGGAAAAAUGGAAAUAUUAUAUGAGAAACAAUUAUCACGACUUGAAAAGGAGUGUAAAGAACUGAAAGAAAAGUUGAACAGUGAAGCUGCUCAAAACAAGGCUCUGCAAACCCAGAUGGAUGAAAAUAAGAGGCAACAUGCAGUAACGGAAUGUAAAAAUAAAGAAGAGGUGAUGGCGGUGCGCCUGAGAGAAGCGGACAGCAUGGCGGCUGUUGCUGAAAUGCGUCAGCGUAUAGCUGAUCUGGAGAUACAGAAAGAGGAAGGAAUGAUUCAAGGAAAGCUGAAUGAUUCAGAUUCGUUACAAUAUAUAAGAGAGCUGAAGGACCAUAUAGAUGAGUUAAGGCAUGAGGUGAUGUUUUGGAACAAACAUGCCCCUUCCUCAGACCAACAGAUUCUCCUUCUCAGAGGUCACAAGCCUUACUCUGACCCUAUUAAUUUUGACGGGUUGCAAUCUGGGCAAGAAGAUGAGGAUUCCUUACCAUCCUCCGAUGAGGAGCUACUUUCCCGGAAUUUGGGGGCAUUGCAAGAUGCUCUUUACCCUAAUUCUCCCCACAAAUCCCGAUUCUUGCGUCCACUCAGAAGCUCAGCUAGUUCAGACAGUGAUGAAGGGGCAGCAACCAAUGGGGCCUCAUCAGAUACACCACCUGAUCCUGUGUCAUGUAGUUGACCUUUAUGUCCAAUCUGAGGAUCAGCAGUCAAGUGGGCAAGUAACAUCCAUCUUUGACCUUGACUAAGCACUAAUAAUACUGGAGGUGAUAUUAAAACUAACUGCUCGUUGCACUGCUGAUUAAUAUUCUUGGGAGAUCAAGGGAAAUGUGCACUACCUUCAAUGACGUUAAAAAUUCAUGACUACAGAUAAUGCAGUUACAAACAAAGAUUUUGUACUUAUUGCAUGCUCUGUCACUGUGGAGCAGGAACAUGCCAGUGUUAAAGCUUUUGACUAUUCUUGCCUGUCCUUUUGUACAUCCGGCAUAGGAGAAGGAAGGAUUAGUGUUUCUGUUUUGAAUAAAACUACACCCUGUGAACAAGAAAAUGUCACUUUGCAAAUUAAGUGAUCUGUUAAUGGUAUGGAAAACCUAUGGAGUACAUGUUACCGUUUUUAAAUAACGCUGGUACAAUUUUCCUAAAAACCCAAACUAGGUGUAGUACAGGCGAAAAUAGAAAAUAGCCCAAGGAUAUUUAAAAAUACCAGAUGAAGCCUAUUACUCAAAAAUAAUAAUAAUACAGAAUCAGUAAGUAUUGUUGGCAGUUUGCCUUGUUGUAUACAUUAUUCCUUUUUUUGAGACACCGUUCUGGGUUUGUUUGUUUGAUUUGUUUUUUAAGUAAAUCCACUGCUUGGUGACUAUUGUAAGAUUCAUCAUUUGGGUUUCAGAGCAAUACCUCUUAAAAGGAUAUUUCCUUGUCACAUUAAAGACAAAUCGAUUUUCUGUUCUAUAACAGGAACAUGAACAACUUCUACAUAAAUGUAAUGAAGGAGCGAGUGCCUCUACAUUGAAAACAUGACUCUUACCUUAACUACAGACAAACUCUCAAACAGAUCCACUUUCAGGCAAAUGGUUGAUCUCUCUACAAAGCCUGUUUCAGAGCGCAUUGCCAUAUUUUAGCAUUACGCUGCCAUUCUUCUGUAUCAGCAGUUUAAAAAAAUAGCCAAAUGGUGCUGUCAAUAUACACUACAGAAAGAAGGGAUUCUUCUCUUUACAAGCUAAAUCCAUGAUCUUUUACAAUAUCAGGCCUUGUCUAAUCUGCUGUUGGUUAGCACAUAUUUCUGUUCAUGUCUUGGCAAGAAACGUAUGCUAUUAAUGCAGCAUUUCUUGUAAAUAACUGGUUGGAAAAGGUGUAUUACCUUUCAAAGAAAAUGAUAAUUGCUGCUAUAUUGAACGGAGGCUUCAUAAAAUGUGCCUCUGCCGAACUUAUGUAGAGCAAAAAAGUAUUUGUAGGAAGAAGUACUCAACUACUAAUGCAAUCGCCGACUCUUUUGCCAAUGCUUCUUCUUGGGGUAUUCUAAUCAUCAAUAUUCCCUUUAAACCAGCCUUGUUAAUUUAUCACACUCUGGAGUGUCUGCAUUUUAGCACUAAAAACAAAAAAGGUAUUAAUGUUUGUGUAUAUAUGUAUAUAGUUAUUUUUGUUUAUUGUAAAUGCUUUAAGGUUAACUGAGUAACAUUGUCACAUAAUCGUUUUAUGAUUAUUUCUGAUGACUACUUUACUUUAACAAUGCAGUAUAGAAACACAUUUUUUAAUGAAUAACUACAUUUUUAAAAAUACAUGGCAUAUUAUAAAGGGAGUUUAUUUGAAAUAUCCUAUAUAGAAACAUCUUGAACUAAUAUCACAUCAGAUAGAAAACCUGGAAAAAGGUUUUCCUAUAAUUUUAUUGAAAAAGAAAGCUAGAUACUUUCUGUUUGUUUAAGGAUCUUCCAUCCUCCUUUAUACAUAUUAUACAUAAGCGUGGAACUUUUUUCCGAGAGUGGGACCAUGAUUAAACUUAUUUAAUGUAGUGUUAUUAUAAUAUGCCCAUGUAUGGAGAUAAAUGCUAUAUUAAAUGGGUACACACUCCUGCUUAUCUGCAACGUUUGCACCUCCCAAAAAUCCCAAGAAUGGGACUCUGUUAUUAUAUUAAUAUAAAUACUCUAAGUUUAUGACCAUAUACAUCUGUUACUAUUAAACCUAUCACUUUUUUAACUGAUCAUUGAUAAAGAUCUUUCUUGUCUUUCAGAAAACUAAAUUGAGUUUUAGUAAAGAAAAGUAUUUAAAGUAAGAAUGUUCUUUCGUUCUGAUCAGAACAAAAAAUAAAAUGCACUUUUUAACAAACACAUAAAAAAUUAAUUUAGAAUAUAAAAAUAGUUCAGACUUUAUCUAAAGGUUGAUUACUAUAGAAGAAGAGUAAGAAUGUAUUUAUUUAUUUAUAUAUAAAGUGUUACAAAAAGAACUUUUUUAAGUGUUAUUAAGAACUCCUUGGGAGAGAGAGAUGUAAAAAUAACAUACAUUAAAGGGUCAUUAAACACUAAAUAAAUGCUAGAUAGAAUGAUGUAUUGAAAGAAAAGAUUAGUCUGAAAUAACAUAUAGCUGUGUUUAUUAAAGUUUCAUUAGCUGCUUAAAUAUUGACAAAAUAAGUGUAAAGUUUUAGUGUCUAUAAAACAAUGGGAGCUGCCAUGUUGUAACUUGGGUUACCUUCUUUGCUGUGGCCAAUUAGGGACAGUUAUAAAUAGGUCACUAGAGUGUGCAGCCAAUGGCUGUGUGAAAUAUAACCGUGUUCUGCACGUCCAUUUCUAACAGGAACUGAAAUGCUCACACUUUCAGAAUGGAAUUACAGGAAGAGGGGACAAAAUAAAUAAUGAAAGUAUAUUGCAGACUUCUUUUUAUAUAUGUGAUUUAUCAUUUUAUAUUACCAUCUCAAAGUGUUUAAUUUCCCUUUAAGUACAAAAAAUUUUUUUUAGAUGACUUCUAAUUAAAGUGUAUUAAACCCAUUACAUGUAACUGUUAUUCUAUAUAUACAAUUGUGCAUAAAUAUUUCUAAAUAAUAUGUCUGAGUUUGCGACUGCCAAAGCACUGCAGGUUUCCUAACAAAGGGCAUAGUGGUGUAAUUGUCUGCAGUACUCAGACAAAGGGGCCUUUUUAAUAGGGUGACUUACUUGCAGGCUGGUGGCGGUGGUAAGUGCUCCUCUGUAGGUUCUUGAUGAAAACAAUAGUAGUUUGAUGCGCAAGCUUUCUUGCAGGAAUGAAAGAGCAACACUGUUGGUUGCCAUUACAUUUUUACUAGUGCCAUACUAACGUUAUUGGUAUCGUUCCACUUUACAUUGUUUAAAGAGUGGUUAGCAGGAGAUUUCCUGGUAAGCCUGAAUGAACCAAUGUUAUACAUUCUGAGAGUCACUGUGUAUACCAUCACUUUAUAUGUAUUCAAUAAAGCAUUCACAGUGUCUUACUAAA